AUGCCUAGAUUAUUGGGGUUCGGACCAAGCUGGAGACAGAAUCAAGUCGCGACCACCGAAUCGAAUGAUACCGGGGGCGCGAGCCAUGUGCCUGCGACUUCAGGCACAUCUCUACUUCCACGGCCUGUCGCUUCCCUGGUCUCGCUCGUCACGCAGUCCACCUCUUUAUCCCUUCGAAUAGGGUCUUACUUCGGCGGGGUUGCCAUCGAUGGGGCAAGAGUCACGACAUUAACUGGGUUAGAACUUAGUCGAACCGUCAUCGAAGGAAUUCUGACAAGGGCCGGGCGCGAUGUUGCUGUUAGAAGUGGCGGAGAACAUGGAAAGGCGGAGGCCGAAUCCAUACUUGAGAGGAGUCUCGCUGCCUUGCACACGACAAUAACGUCCGCGUCGUUCUUCGCAGCCGCGUCCUUUCACUUAUCCUCUACGACCCUUUCGUCCGCCUCGAAUAUGUCACAGGCGCUUCUAUCGACCCUCGAUGCUAUUCUUGGUUCUACAGAGUCGUCGCGGGCAAUCGCAGCCAUAAUAACUCUCAUUCGAAAAGAGUUUAAUGACCAGAAUGGGAAUGUAGACGGCGAGAAGGUUGGAGUCGGGGAUCUAUUGGUUGGAACUGUCGGGUUUGCGAUGCUUCAACAAUGGGGGGAAAAGAAUACAGAAAGGUAUAUCCGUGUCAGUGGUGGGCUGGAGACUAUAUGGGAUGUUGUCAUUCUUGACAACGGCAUCCGAGCAGAUGUUCUUGAGAUGCACCAAAUCCAGCCUAUGAACAGCCCGCAUGAAGCCAUACAAGACCGAUCGAGACGGUCCUCCUUCAUAUCUCCGGGAGACACUAACGACGGAUUCGAUGUUAUACAGCGCCCGGAAAGUGCAAUCGACGAUGGGGAACAGCCUCCUUCCAUUGUCAUUCCAGAUGGUCAACACGGUAUAACUGACGAAGACAUUCGACUGUAUAUAAUGAAGCAACUUCCUCGAGGGUGCCGCGCUUCAAUCAAAACCGACACUGUGACCGCACAGACAAUAACGGUAAACGUUUACGACGACGAUGCUGGGGAUAUCUCUGCCCCUCCAGGCACCAUGAUGGUUGAAGAAAGGUUUCACAAUGUCCCUCACGAGGGUGGCAGGGGACCAGUCAAUAAACGAGCCCCAAAGCACACCAUCGUGUUCCGCACGGCAUUCAACAAAUCUCAAAGUGCUGACGUGAGGCCACCAUCAAGGCAUCUUAUCGGUACACGCGAAGCAGGUAACGACGAUGGCAGUUACGAGUCUGGACGUGUUAUAGGGCUAGAAGAGUCUGCGAUUCCCAAUGUCGAACCUACGUUAGAACCGAAGCAUCAGAGACUUGAUAAUGCACAGCCAAGGAAAUCAUCUUCCGAUCUGCAUCAUACGGGGGCCCCCAAUAACUCACCCAGGGAGACGUCUCAGUCAACUAGACGAGCUUCUGGGUCGGAUUCAAAAGGCACAUUUGGCAAAGGCUCACUGAGUAAGUUUGCGCAAAGGGUCAAGCCGGUUUCAAGCGAAAAGAAUGAUCAACCAAAGCGACAAUCCCUACGAUUACCUUUUCAGCAGUCAAGCACCCAAUUGCCAUCAGGGGCCUCGGCACCACGCAAUAGGGUCAAAGUGCCGGAAAGGAAGUCCUCAGCACAGCCACUUGCAAACAGACCUGCGCGACAACCAAACACAGGGAAGCAACCUGUGCCCCUUAACGUCGAAACGUCUCUCGCUGCUAAUAGAGGGGCUCCAAGAACCCUUGCCCAGGACCAGCGAGCACCACCUGGAGCGGCCACGAAUAGACAUGGUGCUUCUCGUUCAAUGGGCUCAAGAGCCGAUUAUUAUAAAGUGCAUGAGAAGAGCCAAGAGUCAUACAUGAUGCAGACCGACACUUAUUCUCCAUCACGAGAAUUACGGCCCUCCUCACCAGCAGCGACAAGAGCUCAUGUCCGUAGCAGUAGCUCUUUGUCACUUACACGAUCCGAGUCAGAAACCACCGUCAAUAUACUACCUGAUAAACGACCAACCGCUCCCGCUCACCGAAGGUCUAAAUCCUACACAUCCAGUAUAUACUCUCUGGCAACAGCAGGGUCUGAUACCUCACUUGUCCUUUCCCACCGUGCACGGAAGAGCGCAUAUGACGAUGCCUCAACUAUACAAGCACUCAACAGGGACGGCCUUGUUCCAGGCAUUUUCCCCCAGCGCCAUUUUGUUCGAAAUGUUAGGCGUUUCUGUCGAUAUUCCUCCGCAAGUUAUGGAACCAACGCCCUCCAGGUUAUGGGUGUACCACAAGCGCCGCAGGGCACCAGACGUGAAAGUAUCCACAGUAAAGAGCAUCAUGACUUUUCACACCACACCGGGCUCCCAGCGUCUACUAUUCUUCUAUCAUCCUAUGUCGACCCUGCAGGUGGAUCCAAUGCUGCUGGUGAGACUGAAAGCGGCUUCCCUCUCGUCCAUUACCUAUUUUUGGACCACGAAUCAAAGGCUGUUGUCUUAGCGCUUAGGGGGACCUGGGGGUUUGAGGAUGUUCUCACGGACAUGACAUGUGAAUACGACGACCUGGAAUGGCAAGGGAAAAGCUGGAAAGUCCACAAGGGAAUGCAUGCAUCCGCGAAGCAUCUCUUGAUGGGUGGAGGGCGAAGAGUUAUGUUGACGAUUAGAGCUGCGCUAGAAGAGUUUCCGGACUACGGUGUCGUAUUAUGUGGUCAUUCACUAGGUGGAGGAGUGGCGGCCCUUCUUGCAACGAUGAUAUCUGAGCCUACCAACGACCCAUCUCUAGUAUCAUUUACAACUGCUUCUCGCUCUAACAAGCAACUUCUCCUUCCGAAUGCAGGAAGCACUGAGGACCCUCAAACUGCAUGUUAUCUUCCCGCUGGACGGCCGAUUCACGUCUAUGCGUACGGACCACCUGCGACAAUGUCACCAUUUCUGCGCCGCGCAACCCGAGGACUGAUAACCACUAUCGUCAAUGGUGAGGACGUGGUACCGUGCCUUUCUCUGGGGAUACUGCAUGACAUGCAUACGACAUCAUUGGCAUUCAAAGGAGACGUCUCCGAGACCAAAUCGCACGUCCGCUCCCGCGUUUGGGAAAAUAUUCGACAGAGUAUCGUGAAUAAGUUCUAUGUCAACGAAACACCCAUGAUUUUAAACGCCGGUGACGGCUUGGGUGAAGAUGCCUGGGCAUGGAAAACCCUGAAAUCCCUCAGGGAAUCAAUGUGUGCGCCCAAGUUGGUACCGCCUGGAGAAGUCUUCGUGGUCGAAACAAUGCGAGUCCUACAGCGGAGCGCUUUCACAUCUGAUACCAGCGAAGAUGGGUCUCCGCGUCUGGGCCGGCCAGCAACGAGGGUGCAACUCAAAUUCAUUCGUGAUGUUGAGGCCCGGUUUGGAGAAUUACGAUUCGGCUCGGGAAUGUUUAGUGACCAUAACCCGGCACGAUACGAAGCUAGCCUCGUGGCUCUUACGCGUGGUAUUUUAGACGAUUGA